CUUCCCUCCGCCGCCGCCGCCGCCGGAAGCGCUCUCCUGACCCUGCGCGCCCGCCGCGGGAAGAUGGCGCUGGAAGCUGGCGACAUGGAAGAGGGGCAGCUCUCCGACUCGGAUUCCGACAUGACGGUGGUCCCCAGCGACAGGCCGAUGCCGAUGGCGAAAGUACUAGGUGAGGGCAGUCUUGCAUGUGCGCCAGUAUCCAACUAUCGGACAGUUAAGAAUGUGGAUUCGAGUGAGGAGAGUGUGGAUUCAGAUGAAGAGUGCUCUCCUUGGAAACACAAGCGACAAAAAUGUUUUAAUCCUCCUCCUCCCAAACCAGAGCCUUUCCCGUUUGGCCAGGGCAGUCAGAAAACCGCUCUCAACGGAGGAAAGAAGGUGAACAACAUUUGGGGUGCCGUGCUACAGGAGCAAAAUCAGGACGCGGUGGCCAUUGAACUCGGCAUCUUGGGGAUGGAGGGCACCAUUGACAAAAGCAGGCAGUCUGAGACCUAUAAUUAUUUGCUUGCUAAGAAACUGAAGCGGGAAUCUCAAGAGUAUACAAAGGAAUUAGACAAAGACCUAGAUGAAUACAUGCGUGGUGACAAAAAGCCCGGGUCAAAGGAAGAAGAGAACGGGCAGGGCCAUCUCAAACGGAAGCGGCCCGUCAAAGACAGACUGGGUCACAGACUGGAAAUGAACUACAAAGGCCGCUAUGAGAUCACAGAAGACGACGCUCAAGAGAAAGUGGCUGAUGAAAUUGCUUUCAGGUUACAGGAACCGAAGAAAGACCUGAUAGCCCGAGUAGUGAGGAUAAUUGGGACCAAAAAGGCCAUUGAACUUUUGAUGGAAACUGCUGAAGUUGAACAAAAUGGUGGUCUUUUCAUAAUGAAUGGUAGUCGAAGAAGAACACCCGGUGGAGUUUUUCUGAAUCUCCUGAAGAACACUCCUAGCAUCAGUGAAGAGCAAAUUAAGGACAUUUUCUACAUUGAAAAUCAAAAGGAAUAUGAAAAUAAAAAGGCUGCCAGAAAAAGAAGAACACAGCUAUUGGGGAAAAAAAUGAAACAGGCUAUUAAAAGUUUAAAUUUUCAAGAGGAUGAUGAUACAUCGCGAGAAACUUUUGCAAGUGACACUAAUGAGGCCCUGGCCUCUCUUGAUGAAGCCCAGGAAGGAGCUGGUGAAACCAAGCUGGAUGCCGAGGAAGCCAUCGAGGUGGACCACACUCAGGAUUUGGACAUCUUUUAGGCACAUUUUGGACAUUUUGAAGAAUAAACCUUUGUAAAAACGUCGUUUCCAUUUCUACUGAGGUUGCUGUACUAUGCACUGAAUCUGGAGGAAGGAGAGAGUUUCUGUUUCUGCUUGAAGUAAAAGUGUAUGUGGCA